AUGUUGGGUCUGUCGCUGUUGCGUGUGGUUUUAUCUGCGCUGCGGAUAGUCUGCAUCGAUCAUGUAAUGUCGGGUCAGAGGGAGAUGGAAGACUGCUUUUAUACUUUCCCUGGGGCAGGACAAGGCAUUAUCUACCUGGGAGACAAUGGCAUUGACAAAUGGCUUUCAUUGCUCGGGGCAGGCCAAGGCAAUGCCAUUAAGGUGCGCAUUCACCUUCUCCAUGAUCUGCGAGUGCGAGGCGGAAAAAUGGGCUUAUUCAGGGAGAAGAACGGCAAGGCCUGCUCGGCCCUGGCAGGCUGGGUGUCACUGAGUGUCUCACUGUCUGACGGCCGCAUGAUGGCGCAUCUCCAACUCAUCUUCUUUGGCUCCACGACGCUCAAUCCUCGAUCAUCAGGCCUGAGCAGAAGUGGCAGUCAAACUAUGGCAAGCAUGGCGAUGGCGGAGGCGGAACCGGUGUUCACGCGAAUGGCGACGGAGCGCAUUGACGGCCGGCCGGUACAGCACGGCGACUUCAAAGUGGUGCACAAGGAGACGAUGCGGCAUGAAAUCGAGGAGCCGGGAUCGCUGGUGGACGGCGUGACGCAGCACGUGCAGGAGACGGCGCAGCAGCUGGCGGUGCGGCAUGAGGGCAUGCUCGUGCACCUGGAGUGGCACACUUCGUAUACCGUACGUUCGCUUUCGCUUUCGCUUUCGUUGGUGCUGAUGUUGAUGACUGACCGGCGACGUCCCGUCGCCGCGGGAGGCGUUGCCGCUGUCGACCACACCUGGACCAAUCGCGCCUGCAUCGACUUUUCUUCGCUGCUGAUGAACAAUGGCGGCGCCCCCACCACCACCAUUCCGCGCAUGGACGACGCGCCUCUCGCCACUCUGCAGCAAGCUCAUCGUCCCGGCGGCGGAGGAGGAGGAGGAGGGGCAGGCGAUGGUCCGUCAUUGGUGCGCGUCGUGUAUUCCGCCGCCGACGUGCCGAAUCCAAUUCCCAAUCCGAGUCCGCACCACUUCAACUUCAGCAACAACCAACCCAACUUGGCUCCCACCGCAUUGCCAUCAGCGCCCAUCCAGCCGACCGCCACACCAGCAGCCCAGCCGCAGUCGCAGUCGCAGCCGCAGUCGCAGUCGCAGCCGCAGCCGCAGCCGCAGCCCCAACCGACGAAUCCUCGCCCUGCACGCAGCAGCAGACUUGCACGCGACGCAUACGACAGCGACGAUACGGCUAUGACCAUGGGAGGUGCAGGCGCUGGCGAUGUUGAUCCCACACCUGAAGGACUGCAAAAGCUGAAGCAUCAGUACAAUGAAAGGGUUUUGGCUGCGCUCGCUCGCUGGCUCUGGGACAAUGGAGGGCAGACAAAGACUGCGCGCAGAGCAAUGGCAGACAAUGGCAAUGCAUGGAGGGAAGACAAGGACCGCGCGCAGGGCAAUGGCAGUGAAUGGAGGACAGACAAGGGCUUCGCGCAGAACAAUGGCGAUGUAUGGAGGGAAGAGAAGGACCGCGCGCAGAGCAAUAUCAGUGAAUGGAGGGCAGACAAGGGCUUCGCGCAGAACAAUAGCAAUGCAUGGAGGGAAGACAAGGACCGCGCGCAGAACAAUGGCAAUGAAUGCAAUCUCUUUCAAAUGCACAUCACUGAACUAAGGCGGAUACUGACAACAAACAGCAUGUCUAGUGAGGCAGAAGCUUCUCUUACCCUGCAAUACAAGUCGUCGGGCCUCUAUGAACAGACCUUGGAUGAUCCGUUCACCCUGUCUGUAUACACAAUACGCCUUCGAGCAUGA